AGGGUGCCUGUUUUGAAAACAUGUGGCCUGGGAAUAAUUGGGUUACAACUUGGGUUUUGGAGCUAGAGUCCAGAGUCCAUGAGGCAGAGACAACCAUUGAACAAUCUAGGUGAAAUGUCAAAUAUAUAAAACAGAAAUAGGACAAAGCAUAAGAUAUUAAUUGCAGGGCAUACAUCAUAAAUCAUAUAAUAACUGCGUUGAAUAAGGAAGAAACAAUUUUCCAUUACAGUACAUACUGUACACGCAUAUAUACAUCCAUUAUGUUUCAGUUCUUGUUUUAAACAAUGUAGUUCUCUCUACACACUGGACUGCACCAAUUUUCAUACUUCUCUUCUCUUUCUCUAAUCAAGUGAAUUUCACUCACCUGUGCCCGUUACUUCCAUAGAUGCUCACCUGGUUCAUUUUUUCCUUGCUGGGUCAUUGCCUGUUUUUACCUGCUGCUACUGACUGUCCAGGGUGUGAGGGAUGUAGAAUACGGUAGGUGGCGGUAGUGCAACUGUAUGAAUACAAGCCGCCGUAAAAUACUGAAGAAGAAGAAAAGAACACCCCCGAAGAAGAUAAAGACGAGGCGGGAGUCUGUGAAAUCCGGUGUCUUUGUUCCGCCAUCGUAGAGGUCAUAGAGCACAGAGCUGCUUUAGCAACGAGGAUCAAGAUGGAUCAGUACAAACUCAAAAUGAAAGAAGAGGAGGUGGACGUUCAUCUAGACCAAAAUGAGAGCGAUACCGAGCAGCAGGACCCGAGUUUAACUGAGCGGAACCGGGCCAUUAGCAGAAUAAAGAUGGAGCAGCAGGACCCGAGUUUAACCGAACAGGGCCGGUACAUUAGCGGAAUAAAGGAGGAGCAGCAGGACCCGAGUUUAACCGAACCGGACCGCUCCAUUAGCAGAAUAAAGAUGGAGCAGCAGGACCCGAGUUUAACCGAACCGGCCCGCUCCAUUAGCGGAAUAAAGGAGGAGCAGCAGGACCCUAGUUUAACCGAACCGGCCCGCUCCAUUAGCGGAAUAAAGGAGGAGCAGCAGGACCCCGACCACGCUGGUGCCACAGAUGAACAGGAACACAGAGAAAAAGCAGAUUCAAGGCUGUAUCUUUGUCAGCAAUGUAGCCAGGCCCCUAAUGGACCAUCAAAGCCAAAAAAUCAUCAAAAGGGUCAUUCUGGAGAGAAACCAUACAGCUCUGACCAGUGUGGUAAAACCUUCUCUGCAAAAAGAAACUUAAGGACCCAGCAUCAAAUGUAUACUGGAGAGGAACCACACACGUGCAUACAAUGUGGUGUAGCUUUCUACAGGUCAACGGAUUCGAAAAUGUACUUUUGUGUUCGCACUGGAGAGAAACCAUACUCAUGUAAACAGUGUGGAAAAGCAUUCUCUCAACUUAGGCAUCUACAGGCACACAAAUGUAAUCACAUUGGAGAGAAACCUUACUCAUGUGAACAGUGUGGAAAAUCAUUCUUUCAGCUUUGUCAUCUACAGGCACACCAACGUAUUCACACUGGAGAGAAGCCUCAUUUAUGUGAACAGUGUGGAAAAGCUUUCUCUCGCAGCAGUAAUUUACUGGCGCACCAACGUGUUCACACUGGAGAGAAGCCUUACUCUUGUGCACAGUGUGGAAAAGCAUUUGCUUUGCUCAGUUAUUUGCAAAUACACAAACAUGUUCACACUGGAGAGAAACCUCAUUCAUGUGAACAGUGUGGAAAAGCUUUUUCUCAAAGAAGUAGUUUACGUGCACACAAACGUGUUCACACUGGAGAGAAACCUUACUCUUGUGCAAAGUGUGGAAAAGCAUUCGCUUGGCUCAGUUAUUUGCAAGUACACCAACGUAUUCACACUGGAGAGAAGCCUCAUUCAUGUGAACAGUGUGGAAAAGCUUUCUCUUGCAGCAGUAGUUUAAGUGCACACAAACGUAUUCACACUAGAGAGAAGCCUCUUUCAUGUAAACAGUGUGGAAAAGCUGUCUCUCAAAGCAGUAGUUUACGUGCACACAAAUGUGUUCACACUGGAGAGAAGCCUCAUUCAUGUGAACAGUGUGGAAAAGCUUUCUCUCGCAGCAGUAGUUUACUGGCGCACCAACGUGUUCACACUGGAGAGAAGCCUCUUUCAUGUAAACAGUGUGGAAAAGCUUUCUCUCACAGAAGUAGUUUACGUGCACACAAACGUGUUCACACUGGAGAGAAGCCUUACUCUUGUGCACAGUGUGGAAAAGCAUUUGCUUGGCUCAGUUAUUUGCAAAUACACAAAAAUGUUCACACUGGAGAGAAACCUCAUUCAUGUGAACAGUGUGGAAAAGCUUUUUCUCAAAGAAGUAGUUUACGUGUACACAAACGUGUUCACACUGGAGAGAAACCUUACUCUUGUGCACAGUGUGGAAAAGCAUUCGCUUGGCUCAGUUAUUUGCAAGUACACCAACGUAUUCACACUGGAGAGAAGCCUCAUUCAUGUGAACAGUGUGGAAAAGCUUUCUCUUGCAGCAGUAGUUUACUUGCACACCAACGUAUUCACACUGGAGAGAAGCCUCAUUCAUGUGAACAGUGUGGAAAAGCUUUCUCUUGCAGCAGUAGUUUACUUGCACACCAACGUAUUCACACUGGAGAGAAGCCUCAUUCAUGUGAACAGUGUGGAAAAGCGUUUCUUCAGCUCAGUCAUUUGCAGGUACACAAAUGUGUUCACGCUGGAGCAAAGGAAGAAGAGCUUCGAAGCUGUAUCUCUGUAGCCAGGCCCUCACCGGACCAUCGGCGAAGGAAAUCAUCAUCAUGAAAAGGUUCACUCUGGAGAGAAGUUAUAUGGCUGUGCGCAGUGUGGCAACACCUUCUCUGCAAAAAGUGUUCUCUCGUCUCAGGGUUGUUUACUGGCUCAGCAACGUGUUAGAGAGUUUAGAGUUUAUUUAGUGUAUUAGAGAGAAAACCUCACUGCUGUGGAAAGUGUUUUCUCACUUUGGUUCCUAAGUGCCACACAAACGUCUUUACAUUGGACAAGACCCUAUUUAUGUGAACACUAAAACAUUUUCUUAUCUGUCCAUCUUGGCAAAGCACCAGCAACUGCACACACCAAAUUAGCUAAUGGUCAUGUGUCAUGUUUCAGAAUGUCUCCUUCCAGCAGGAGACAAUCCUUAAUCCCCUAGAAUAAGACUAAGGCUUGUCUAACUAAAAGAAACCAUAUGGUCCCAGGAUGCUCCCCUUGUGGUUAUCUCACCAGAUCUAAGGACCUUCAUCAUAGAUCACAUGCAAAAAGAUCUGUUCUCACACUCCUCGCAAACAGCCACCAAAGGGAGGCCAGCAGCCAUAAAACAUGUGGGAUAAUCCAGAAUGAAAGACUUUUAGUUUGGACCUACACUCCAAAUCAAAUACUUUGGAAUCAUCAACCUUCAUAAGAUGAACACCAAUGUGUUCAGUAGACCGUAUACUUUAAUUUGUAACAAUGAUUAUUAUACACCAAAGAUUCAUUGACUUAUAAGAUUUCCUGUUCAACUGUCAAAGGGAAAAAAUGAAGAGACAUUGAGCAACACUGCCAUCCUUUGGUGGAAAAGAUCAGUGUCCACUCUGUGUUGUGGAAUAUUACAUAUCUUAAAGCUGUUCUUCUGUUAAUGCUGUCUUUAUGUAUGCAUGUAACAAACACCACAAGUGUUAGUAUCCAGGUUAAUAAAUGAUUAAUGUCUUAAUCACAGCAAAUGCUGCAAAGCAUUAACUGUAUUGAGUUUUGAAACGUUUUUCUGCACUGAACUAGUCCCGCAUAAUUUCAUCUACAGAAACUAUUCAACUAUGAAAACAUUGAAAAUAUUAUCAUUUUCCUAUUAAAAUGCUUUGAAACAACU